AUGCGGAAGUCUUUCAGACAGACCGCGCAGCUAGAGAAGAAGCUGAGGAUGGAGACCAGGAAGGACAAAUCUCCAGAGCAGAACCUGGUGGAAGAGGCCACUUUGAGCAGCUCCACCGCACAUGAAUCCAAUGGGGAGGAAAAGUCCCAGAGGUCCCACAGGAUGAGUGGCACCAAACCCAGCCCGGGUUGCUCUGAGGAGGAAAGACCCACCCUGGGCCAGGAAGGUAGACAGAGCUUGAGCCAGGGCUCAGAGCUGGUGGUGCAUGAGCAGCCUCAUGAUGGGGAGAAGCCCUACAAGUGCUUGGAGUGUGGGAAGAGCUUCAGCCAGAGCAGCACCCUGAUCCGCCACCAGAUGAUCCACACUGGGCAAUGGCCCUACGAGUGUAGGGAAUGUGGGAAGGGCUUCAGGUGCAGCUCUGAGCUCGUUACCCACAAACGCAUCCACACUGGGGAACGGCCCUAUGAGUGUUCCGAGUGUCAGAAGAGGUUUCGGAUCAGCUCCCAUCUCAUCCUGCACCAGCGGAUUCACACUGAGGAGAGGCCCUUCCGCUGCCCUGACUGUGGGAAGGGCUUCAAGCAAAACUCCCACCUCUUCAUCCAUCAACGCAUCCACGCUGGGGAGAGGCUCUAUGAGUGUCCCCAGUGUGGGAAGAGGUUUCAGACCAGUUCCCAUCUCCUUCUGCAUGAGCGGAUUCACACAGAGGAGAGGCCCUUCCGCUGCCCUGACUGUGGGAAGGGCUUCAAGCAAAACUCCCACCUUGUCACCCACCGGCGCAUUCACACCGGGGAGAGGCCCUACGAGUGUCCCCAGUGUGGGAAGAGCUUCAGUCGGAGCUCUGCCUUGACCAAACACCAACAGAGGCACCAGUAA